AGAUUCACAAGUAUACAGUAGAUUUCAGAGAUUCUUUCAUUUAAUACAAGCGCCAAUAUGGUUUCUCCCAAGGCCAUGCAAGUCUUUUAUAUAGCACUUGAGAAAACUCUGCGCGAAAUGGGCUUCCUUGCCGGGAAAUCCGGAAGGCACAUGAAAUUUCCUUACACUUUAUCUGCAAAAAUAGCGCAGUUUCCUAUGUUUCACUAUAUGAAAUAUAACAACAUCUGGAUGUAUUAUCCAUUAGGCUGCGUUGUAGGAUUUUAUGCGUUUGCAAAGAUUCACGCAGUGGUAAAUUCUGACGCGAAUAAAGCAAGCUGGGCAGAAUCCCAGAGAAAAAUAGCUGAAAAAGAAGCACAUCAUUAAGAACAUAUUGUUACCAUUAUUAUCUUUCAAUAAAACUACUGAUAAAUUGCAAAA